AUGGCAGACACCGUCAUUCUCGGCGCUGGCAUAAUUGGGGUGUCCACGGCAUACUACCUUUCUAGGCACCAACCUGGCAGCACCAUCCAUCUCGUCGAACCCUCCCCGGAGCUCUUCGCCUCGGCCUCUGGCUAUGCAGGUGGUUUCCUAGCAAGGGACUGGUUUGGCACCGGCGUUUCCUCCCUGGCCGCCCUGAGCUUCGACGAGCACAAGAGACUAGCAGAGCUUCACGAUGGUGCCUCUAAAUGGGGCUACUCCCGGAGCACCUCCCUCAGCUACACCGCUGCCUCCCAGUCCCGCGGCAAGAAAAGCCAGAGGGGAGAGGACUGGCUACGUUAUGGAACAAGCAGGGCCGACGCCGCUUCUGGCUUUGCGAGCAACGGCUCCGACGGCCACAGUGUACUGCCGCCAUGGCUGCGACGCGAGGAUGGCGACACAGUACGGCCAAUAGGCGAUGACAGGACAACGGCCCAGGUCGACCCGUUUCAGCUGUGUCACUUCCUGCUCAAGCAAUGUCUCGAGAAUGGCGUUCAGCUCUCCCAGCACGCCAAGGCCAUCGCCGUCAUGAAGGACGUCCGGGACGAGCUUUCCAGCAUCAGGAUUGCCGAUAUACAAUCGUCCACUGAGACCGAUGUCCCCUGCACUAGGCUGAUUAUCACGGCUGGUGCGUGGUCACCGCAGGUAUUCAAAGAGCUGUUCUCCAAAUCACAAAGCGAGCUGCCCAUUUCUAGCCUGGCGGGCCAUUCGUUAGUCCUCAAGUCACCCCGGUGGACUGUAGAGAUGGAGAACAAGGGAUGCCAUGCUCUCUAUGCGACGAGCAAGACAGGCUUCUCGCCCGAGAUAUUCUCACGCAUUGGGGGCCAGAUUUACGUUGCUGGUCUGAAUACGGACGCCAUUCCCCUGCCAAGACUGGCGACAGAGAAGCCAAUCUCCAGCGAAGCUAUCAACGAGCUUAAGAAAGUGGCUGCCAAGCUCCUCGGCCCAGAGGGCGGCACGGUCGACGAUCUCGAGGUUGUGAGGGAGGGGCUUUGUUUCCGGCCAGUCACACCCUACGGCACCCCUAUCAUCUCGAGGAUCGACGACGAGCACCUGGAGGAAGGCAUCGCGACGCGCCCUGAUGCUAAAGGCGGCGUGUUCCUGGCUGCAGGUCACGGUCCGUGGGGUAUUUCACUCAGUCUGGGCACUGGAAAAGUGCUCGCAGAGAUGGCACAAGGGCGGCGCAUUAGCGCUGAUUCAUGA